AUGGAUUCUGAACUACUACUAGCACCUCCUUCGCCGCUAUCGCUUAGCACUCAGUCUAAGCCUAUAUUCGAGUUCGAGGAGCCCCCAGUCGGAUGUAUCAUCGACAGGGCGGUUCCCAACCAUUUGCCGGCCGGGGCUACUCGACCUUCAGGACAACGAAUCAGCGCAAUCAUCUUAAAGUCAAACGUCUAUCUUCCAACGCUGGUGGAAGAGCCUUUCGAGAGCGAGUCAGAGGAGGAAUUGUGUGUCUCGGAAUUUGCAAAACAUGGCCUCUGUUUUUCAAGCCUUACAAACACCCUCGCUCUGGACCUCUUGUCCGAAGCGCGAGAGUUCUUCAAGGACAGUCCGCCUUCGGAAGUGGCAGGAUUUCUCAAACACUGGAAGCUCUCAGAGUUCGGCAGAGAAAAUGUAACGACUGAGUUAAACUCCGCAAUCAUGAGAGCAAAAGGGGAAACAGAUACCCAAGAUUCUGGUUCAAUUGGUACGGCUACUCUGAACUUCCAUCGCUACCUAGACUUGAUCAUGGAGCUUGUGGUGAAUCCCACGCUUGAGGCUCUCCAGUCCGAACACGAACCCUGGACGCUCCAGUGA